AUGGCGCAGACUAAGGGAAUCCUUUAUCUCUUACUGACUCCUGGGGACAACGUAAUACCUGGCGAUUGUUUUUCUUGGUUCGAUAGCAAGUGCCCAAAAAAACUGGUCGGGAUCCUCGGUGCAGCAAGGUACGCGGCCAUCGAUGACAAAAAGCCCGAGUACCUAGCAGUUUAUGAGCUUAAGCAUCUGGAGCACUUCGACCUCUCCCAGGUGAUAAAGGCUGCAUCCCCACCUGCUAAUCUGGAACUUGUGGACUUCCGAGUAUACAGCCAGUUCAGCGAGAAAAUAUCGCCCAACUAUGCGAGUGCGCCAGACGACAGAAUCUUCCGCACACUCGCCUUGCAGCCAGCACCAGAUCUUUCAGCCGAUGACUAUAACGAAUGGUACGAACAGGACCAUGUACCGCUUCUCUCGCUAUCCCCAGGAUGGCUCAAAUCGACUCGAUGGACACUGAAAGAAGACGUAUUAUUCCGCUACGGUAGUGUGCAAAAAGAUCGGAAACUAUGCAAUUAUCUCGCUAUUCAUGAGUAUGAGUCUAUGGCCUCCUUCGAAACCCCCGAGUUCAAACGCGCCAUUACCUCGCCAUGGCGAGCCAAGGUGAUGCCGAAAAUUGAGAAUAUCGUGGAUGAGCGACGGAAUUUCAAGCCACUAAAGAUCAUUUAA